UCAGAAGGGUCAUUGCAAUUGUGUCGUGUGCUAAAAUAAAACUAAACGAAAGAAUCGUACAAUGUGCAUAAAAAGUUCAACAAACGUUUGGCAUUGACACAUAUCCAGUUCAACAGUGUGGAGCGGUUCCUGUUCAAGUGCAACGGCAAAUGCAUUCAUUGCUGUAUUUGCUGUGUGUUGAAAUCAACGUGAAAACUAUUUAUUUAUAUUAAAAUCCAAGCAAUAUGGCAACGGCUACCAGCUGCCUGCCUAGGACAACAGUUGCCGGCGGUGCUUCGGUUGCCGUCGCCUCUGAUGAAGCUUCUAUUGAUUUAGGAGUGCCCACCAUGUUGUCAGAGAUCGAAGCUCUGCCCUCGAUCAAGCUGGGCGAUUUUACGCUUCAGUUCGAACUGGGAGAAGCCACAGCUGCUGCCAAAGAAGUUGCUGCUCGUGAGCUGCGCGAAUCCCCCGAACGUCAGAAACAGGCAACACAGGAGCUGAAGCGUUUGCUGGAGGCUGAAACCGAUCUGUACUGCCCCAAGGACAACGAGGAGUGGCUCAUACGCUUCCUGCGGCCCUGCAAGUAUUAUCCAGAGAGCGCGCGCGACUUGAUCAAGCGCUACUACUCCUUCAAAGUGAAGCACUCGGAUGUGUAUAACAAUUUGAAGCCCACAAGGGAGGCCAACAUCUUUAAGAACAAUAUACUCACCGUGUUUCCCAAUCGCGAUCAGUGCGGACGCCGCAUCUUAUUGCUUGAGCUGGGCAAACGCUGGAAGCACAAGCAGGUCACACUCGAUGAGGUCUUCAAGGGUGCCGUCAUUUUUCUGGAGGCCGCCAUGCUGGAGCCGGAGACACAGAUCAAUGGAGCCGUUGUCAUUUUCGACAUGGAUGGCCUGAGUCUGCAGCAGACCUGGCAAUUUACGCCGCCAUUCGCCAAGCGAAUUGUCGACUGGCUGCAGGACUCGGUGCCGCUGCGUAUCAAAGCCAUUCACAUUGUGAAUCAGCCUAAGAUCUUCAAUGUGGUCUUUGCGCUCUUCAAGCCCUUCCUGCGAGAGAAACUGCGCAGUCGCAUUAUUUUCCACGGCACCGAUCGUGAGUCUCUGCACAAAUACAUGUCGCCAAAGUGCCUGCCCUCAUGCUAUGGCGGCAUUCUGGAGCUGCCCCGCGUCGAUGGCGAUCAGUGGUAUGAGCUGCUGCUCAUGUGCGACGCAGAGUACGAAGCCAUCAACUCGUAUGGCUACAAGAAGAAGUGAGUGGGUCCAAGCCAACGGACAAUGUGUACAGCAAGUGAUAUUCCCUCGUAUACCCAAAACUCAAUUAAUAUACAUUAACCAUAAUAUCUGUUAUACGCUUGUCCAGUCAACGCACGCGACAACUGUGUCGUAGUGCUAGAGCCAAUCAGUUUGCCUUAGUGUUAAGCGAUCGAUUCGAUCAUAUCUGGCAGUAAGUGUUAAUAUUCCACAAUACAAUUAAAUGGGGGUAAGCGUAAUUAUAGUCUGUUAUUACUUACAUAUUUAAUAUAAAAGCAUAAAUAUAUACUAAAAGUUGAAAUG